GACUUCCGGUUACUUAAGCGUCCUCUCGAGGCUGCGCGUUCUGUUGCAGGGGUCCGCGUGUGCCCCUCCAGCGCAGCGGCCCGUCCCGGCAGCUGGUGAACUACAUGUCGCUCCCUCAGGACCCGGAAGACGAACAGGGCGGCGGCGAUCCACCCGGGGACCUCCGCAGCGUCCUGGUCACCAGUGUGCUCAACCUAGAGCCGCUGGACGAGGAUCUCUUCAGAGGAACGCAUUACUGGGUACCCUCAACUAAGCGGCUGUUUGGGGGUCAGAUCGUGGGCCAGGCCCUGGUGGCUGCAGCUAAGUCUGUGAGUGAAGAUGUCCAUGUGCAUUCCCUGCACUGCUACUUCGUACGUCCAGGGGACCCGAAGGUGCCUGUGCUGUACCAGGUGGAGCGGACGCGGACAGGGGCAAGCUUCUCUGUGCGCUUCGUGAAGGCCGUGCAACAUGGCAGGCCCAUCUUUAUCUGCCAGGCCUCCUUCCAGAAGGCCCAGCCCAGCCCCAUGCAGCACCAGUUCUCCAUGCCUGCUGUGCCCCCGCCGGAGGAGGUGCUUGGCCAUGAGGACCUCAUUGACCAAUUUUUAAGGGACCCGAAGCUCCAAGAGAGGUACCGAGUGGGGCUGAACCGAAUUGCUGCCCAGGAAGUGCCCAUUGAGAUCAAGGUGGUAAACCCACCCACUCCAAGCCAGCUGAAGAAAAUGGAGCCCAAACAGAUGUUCUGGGUGCGAGCCCGGGGCUAUAUUGGCAAGGCACCUGGCCGAGAUUCUUCUCCAGGUCCCCUGCUAAGCAUAAGGUGCCUUUGUGCAAAACUGGAAGAAGAUACUUUCAAGGUCCAGGGUGGGAGACGCAGGCGAGGGCGACAUGAAGAUGCACUGCUGUGUGGCGGCCUACAUCUCAGAUUUUGCCUUCCUGGGCACAGCAAUGCUGCCCCACCACUGGGACUACAAGGUGGGCUUCAUGGUCUCCCUGGACCACUCCAUGUGGUUCCAUGCCCCUUUCCGAGCUGACCACUGGAUGCUCUAUGAGUGUGAGAGCCCCUGGGCUGGUGGCUCCCGGGGCCUGGUUCACGGGCGGCUGUGGCGUCAGGACGGGGUCCUGGCUGUGUCCUGUGCCCAGGAGGGCGUGAUCCGAGUUCAGCCCUGGGACUCAACGAGCAAGUUGUAGCCAGAGGUGCCAGCUGGGCCUAGGGCUUCAAGGAUCUCCCUUCUCCCCCUACUCCUGAGGCUGGAUUACCAUCCAGGGCUGGGCCUUCUGUCCAGGACAUCCAAUAAAGAGACUCAAACCAC